ACGACAUUACAUUAUUCAAGAGAUAAACAGUUACGAAAUUAUCUCGAAAGAAGUCAGUAGGUAGGUACUCGAAAAAUAGAUUCUUGGCGUAUUUUUUAUUAUUAUCAGUUCAUUAUCUUGUACCUACUACAGCUAUUAUGGCGAUACUGAACAAGGGACUGUUCAUUGUCAGCGCAAAACGGACGCCAUUUUGUAAAUAUGGCGGCCCAUUACGGGAGUUGCCAGCAUCACACGCAUUUGCUGCUGCGGCUAAAGCCACAUUCCAGAGUGCCAAUGUUAAUCCAAGCUUAGUGGAUUGUACAAUAGUGGGCAAUGUACAUUUUCUUAGUCAGUGUGAUGGCGGUAAAACUCCGCGAUACUGUGGUAUUUACUCUGGAGUCCCCAUAGAAAAACCUGCGUUGGGGGUCAACAAAACCUGUGCUUCUGGAUUGCAAGCGCUAAUUUCAUCAGGAGUGGAAAUAUUGUCGGGAUCGUCUAACACUUGUCUCACUGGAGGUACCGAAAUCAUGUCAUCUUUACCAAUGCUCGCUCGAAACGUGAGAUUCGGUACAUCUCUAAGCAUUCCCUACGUUCUUGAAGAUUAUAUUACGAAGGAAUUCCAGGACAGUUACACUGAAGUAAGCCUACAGCAAAUGUCUGAAAAUCUAGCUCGGAAGUUUAAUAUAUCUAGAAAUGAUGCAGAUGAUUUUGCUGCUAAAAGCCAUCUUAAAUUCAUAUCAGGUCAGGAACGAGGUGUAUUUGACCCUGAACUCACUAGUAUAGAUGUUACCCUGAAGAAAAGAGAAUUAACAAUUUCUAAAGAUGAUUUACCCGACGCUAGUAUAUCAGUAGAAAAAUUAUCGAGUAUUAGUCCUAUUUUAGAGUCCGGGUGUAUUUUAACUGCUGGGAACACUGCAGUUCCUGCAGAUGGCGCAGCAGCACUUUUGGUCGCCAGUGAAGAGGUUGUAACGAAAAAUAAUUUAAAUCCUCUCGCGAGAAUCACGGGCUGGUCCUGUAUUGGAGUGAAUCCUCAAGAACCUGGUUUAGGAAGUGUGGCUUCUGUUGAAAACCUCAUGAAUAUAACAAAAUGUAGACUAGCUGAUAUUGAUAGUUUUGAGAUAAAUGAGAUCUUUUCGUCGGAAGCACUUGUUACUGCUAAAGCUUUGAAAAUAGAUGAGCAGAGAGUGAACCAGUACGGAGGAGCAAUCGCUUUGGGCAAUCCAGUUGCAGCAACCGGGGCAAGGAUGGCAGUACACAUAGUUCAUCAGAUCAGGUCAAAUAAAUAUCAAAAGGCUGUUGCUGUCUCAAGCACUGGCGGUGGACAAGGUGUUGCAGUAAUGUUUGAAAAGGUUUAGAGCAGCAGCAAUACUCACUAAGCGACAUGAGCAAUGUCAUUGAAUAAGUUGUAGCUUAUCUGUUUGGAUACUCAAUCAAUGCAAUUAAAUUAUAACUUUCAUGUGGUAUGAACUUUAUUACUCAUUAUUCUUUAUGUGUGCAAAUCCACAGUAUGAGAUGGGGCAUUAUCAGGGACCCACUACACUCAUUCUGAUGAAGGACCUUGAUGGGCCUCCAGGAGUGGUCCGAAAAUAGUAGUUACAGACACCAACACACCAUAAAGCCAUUUAAAAUAAAAGAGGUGAAAUUUAUAAUUAAAAAAAAAAAAAUGUGGAAUUGGUUCUAUCUGUUCAAUAUUUUCAGCAUAAUGUAUAUAAUUGAAGUGUUAUGGGUGUCAGAAAUUUAUCCAGAGUACUUUCAGGAAUUCCAUUUUGUUUUAUAUCUUGAUUGUUAUAUCUGUAUAAGUGAUUUGAAAGUAAGCUAACAUUUAAUAACACCAUAAAAUUGUAUAUAUUAA